GCUCCUUUUAGAAUUGUUCUCAAAAUAAUACCCAAAAACAAGGCAUUUCGAUCUUCUCCUAAUAACCUUUCGUGGUCGUGGACAAAUUUGCAGUCAGAUAUACCGAAUUAAAACAAAGUAGACCCAUGAGUUACGAUGUAUGUAUCCGACGAGCAUCGUUUGUACCGCAGGGCGCGAAGAAAGUUUUCUUUUAAGACCUAUGGCUUGCUUGUUCUGUGGCUCGUUUUAGCUCUGGCCCAAUGGCUGGUGAUAGCAUUAAUUGAGAGUGCGAGGAAAACCUUCAGAUCGUUAUACUACAUCUGCCUAGCGACCUUUGCACUGGCAAUCGUGAUAUUCGGGAUCUUCAUAUUUGUUGAGAAGAUGCGUUUCAUCAAAGGUCUCAACUUUAUCAUGUCACUGAUAAUAGUGGAGCUUCAGAUCGUAUCCACAUUUGCUCUAGUCGCCCUCAGUUGGUGGGCGGAUGUCCUGACAUUUUUUGCAGUUGCCUUAAUAUUGGUGGUAAUCUUUCUUGUAAUAGGAGUAUUUCUACCAUCACGAGCGGACCUCACCCUAGAUAUAGCAGUUCUAUUUAUAUUAGCAUUUAUUUUCCUGAUUGUGGCCAGUUUUAUACUAUUGUUUGAACUACUUGUGCGGAAAACAAUUCCCUAUGCCUAUUCAGUGGUGGAAAUAUCUGUAACCUUUAUGAUCCUACUGUUCGUAAUGUACCAUGGGCAAACAAUUAAUGGAAACCGAUUCGCUGAGAUGCGACUUAACGAUUUCUUCUUGGGAUCUCUAAUUCUGUUCCACGACUUCCUCAUCAUUUUCUGGCUGACAUUCUAUUGGCAGAUCCAUUAUCGUCCUAUCACACCUAAUUCCUGGCUAGAGACAUCUACUCCGUAUUACAAUUCCUCAGUCAGAAGAAACGAUACUUAUAAAAGUCUUGACGGUAAUUACGUACAAAAGUAUUACAGUGGAAAUAGUUAUAUUUUCUCUUAUGCAGGAGCAACACAACCACCCUGGGGCGAAGAUUGGUUCACCAGAGGAUUCGAUGACGGUUAUGAUAGAGACUAUCCCGAGAUGCCAAGCGGUAGAGGAAAGCCAGGAAAUCGGAACCCUAAUGACAGAGACCCCAUUGACGGACACGGGCCAAGUAAUAGGGGUUUCACAAAAGAUUGGUCAGUUUACAAUCAAAGGCCAAAAAAUGGAUUUAGGAGUCGCGGAAGGUCGCGAACUAAAAGUCCGGAACCAAAGAACGUACACCACAGACAUCGUAAGCCUGAGGAAUGGGACCCUGAAUAUAUUACGCAAGGUGUCGACAUGGUUGUACCUUUCGAUGACCGCUAUGGCGAAAACUCAAAAGAAGAAGAAGAUGAUGAAGUGCAUCCGAUUCACAACGAGGAUACAGGUCCCAUAAUGGAGGACGAUGAUAGGGAUGUGCCCAUCAAUGUUCACUCUGAACAUCCGAUUGAUAAGUUUUAUCAAAAUCCCAAUACUGGACCAGAAGUUGAUGCUGGUAAUGCCGAAGGAAAAUCGGCCGCUGGCUUUGGUGAUCCAACCGUCGAUUUUCCUCCGGCAGACUACCAGCCAAUUGAUGAUCCUUCAUGGGAAAUCCAUUCGUCAACCGAUUCUUCUCAUAUAUAUAUUAUUCCUAAGGCAAGACCCUCCAGCAAUCAGAAAUACCUUCCAGGUGUUGAGGAUUCUUAUUCAGCGAGCAAUAAUCGACAAAAUUAUAUUCAACGUGAAAAGAUUGAAGAUUUUACUGCUGUUGAUGAGAAAAGUGAUCCAAGUUCUCGACAGAAUAACUUUCUGCAAAGCUCACAGAUGUUUACAGAAAGCGGAUUCGGUAAUAAGGAAUACAACUUGCAAAAGGAUGAAAUGAGCGGACAAACCGGACAACAUUUAUCAGAAGGACGAAAAGACUUUCAUGAAGUCAGCCCACCUCCAUGGGAGGAGCUAUCCGAAGAUGAAAUCCGAAGAAUUAUAGACCAGAAUUUCCACGAAGAUAAGUAUCGACCAAAUGCAGACCGUGGGGUUGAGCCAUUAAUUACCAGAGAGCCUUAUCCAAUAAACCUUGCGGACUAUGAGAAACUUGUACUGAACGUCAGUUCGAGCAUAUUGCAAUAGGCUCUAGAAGCCGUAAACAAUA